AUGCGAGAUUUGAGGGAAUGCAGUAAUUACAGGGGAAUCAUGCUCCUGUCAGUGCCUGACUAUGUCCUCAACAGGAUACUUCUCGAGAGAAUGAAAGAAGCAGUGGAGCCAAAGCUCCAUGACCAACAGGCUGGUUUUAGAGCCAGCAGAUUAUGUGCUGACCAGGUAGCCAGUCUGUGCAUCAUUAUAGAACAAUCACUGGAGUGGAAGUCCUCCCUAUAUGUCAACUUCAUCUACUAUGAGAAAGCAAUCGACAGCGUGGACCGAGAGACAUUGUGGAAGAUACUGAGGCACUGUGGAGUACCAGAGAAGCUAGUCCCCCUGAUUCGAAACACCAAUCAAGGCAUGAUAUGCAGGGUUGCCCAUGCUGGGCAGAUGUCUGGGAGUUUCGAGGUCAAGACACUAAUGACGGAACUGAAAGAUCUUGAUUUUCCGAUGACCUGGCUCUCCUUUCACACAACCAAUGUCAGAAGCAGGAUAAAACUCACCUUGCAACAACAUCAGCAGGAACGGGCCUCAAAAUCAACUUGA